CGGUUUCCUCUGCUUGAUGAGGCUAAGGAGAGACCCAGGUACCCGGUCUGGGUCUCCCUGGCAGAUUGAGGACAGAGAAUGCACCUGCCGGCAAGGUGGAACCCCCCCUCGCCGCCCCGCUCCAGCCUCACUGCCCACCAGGAAUGCUCCCUUUUGGUCCGCGGGUCUUGGACUCUGCUCUCUCCUGAUAUCCUGCUGUGUGCGGGGUGGGGGGACCUCAUGGAAGCAGGCAGCCUGUAAUGAUUAACCGCACAGACACUCCAGCAUUCUUCCCGAAUUAAACUUUAGAAGAGCUGCCCCGCCUUCUCCCAUUGGGUAUUUUUCCUGAGUGACAGUGGGCGGGGCCUCAGAGUCCUGGGUCCUCCCUUCUACUAGGAGUCAUCCAGGGGUUUCUCACCUUCUCACCUGGGCCCUGCACCCUAAAAGGUUAUAAGCCUGUCCCGUGGGGGCGGGGCGUGGAGUACUGGGCGGACAGGGGCGCUCCCGCCACAUCCAGGCCCCUGGCCCAGGCCUCAGUCCCGCAAGCCCUUCCCCCUACUCUGGGAAGUAGAGUUGUUUUCUGUUGGCCCUGAACACCGGGCCCCGCCACCCGCCCUUAGGGCCAGCCAGGUGGGGCGUGAUUCAGGAAGUAAACAAGGAGGUUGGGAGGACGGGAACGCGGGUGGGGCUGGAGCCACUGGGGGAGGAGGCAGCUGGGAAGACACCGCCGGAGUUACCUCGUUAAGGGGACAAACUGAUUUUGGGGGUCGGUUUUUCCAACUGAAACUUUCCCAGUGCCUCAGUUUCAAAACUCCAGAUCUCUAAGCUGCCAGGCCUACAGCCAGGACCCCUUUCCUCCUCCCUGCUCACUCCUUUGGUCUUGAGGAUUCCACCCGCCUCCACCCUUAGAAGGGGCUGAAGGGCCCGGGUGGCGGGAUCUGAAGGCAAACCCCAGCCUUGGGCUGGCCCUCUCUGAUCUCUGAGGCCAGGCUGUAAUGUGAUUCAAAUCCACUUCUAACCGCUUCCAAGCGCUGCCCUCCUGAAUUCUCUGCUCCUCUCCCCACCCCACUGUUGGCCCCCUGCAACCUGGAAUGAAGUCACCAGGGCUGUUUGGAGACCGGGGCUGUUUGGAGGGUAGACUGGGGUGGGAGUGGGGGAUUGUGUUCUGAUAUUGAGGUGCUGGUGUCUCUUGCUAGCGGGUGGCGGGUGUAUCUUGCCCCUCCUGGCAGGACCCUGGGCCGCCUCCCUGGCCUUUCAUCCUGUCUGUCUGUCUUCUUCAGUGUUUUCCCUUUCUGCUCCUGCUCCUGUGGUACCCCUCUGGCCGGGACACCCAGGAGAAUGUGUCGGGAGGAACCUCAUCCACACGGGGUGGGGACUCUGAGCGGCGGGGACUCUGAGCGAUGCUUUGGGUGGGGAGGGGCACCGCUGGGACGCUGGCUUCUCUCCAAAUGGGCCUCUGAAUCCAGGCCGGGCAUUGCCUCUCUCUUUCCCAGGUGAGGGACUCCCUGGCAAGGCGGUGGUUUGGCACUGGGGGUGAGAGCAGAUCACAGGUCCCACCUGGCCUGGAGCUAGGCCGAGGGUGGGGAGGAGGAGGUGAUGUCAGAGGAGCCUCAGGCCCCACAUCUUCCUCCCCCAUCCUGUUCCCAGCCCCAUGCCUCCCCCAUUCGGCUGUGGCUACCAUUGGGUUGGGGAGUUGGGGGGAGGGUAGAGGCAGGGCUGUUUUUGUUUCUCCUAAGCCAGGAAGUUGUGUGGAUGAGUCAAGGUUGAAUGGAGAGCCCUAGGCAGUGUUGUCCCGCCUGCCCUGACUCACCUGUCCCCCAAAUCCCCUGAUGCCCUCACUGAGGGGUCAGGUGCCUGCGCCCUCCUGAGGGGUCAAUCCCAGGUGCCCCAGGUGGCCUCAUAGUACUGGCCCAGUGUUCGGAGAACAGGCUGGGGGCUGGGAUUGCAGGUUCUCCCAGGUCUCAGUCCAGCCAAAGGGGUCUGCCUGGUUCCUGAGGAGGAGGGGCCAGCCCCACCUCCACCUCUAGUGCUCUCCUUUGCCGGCCCUCCUGUCUUUACUUGUCCUGAGUGUCUGUGCAGCCCCUGUAAGUGAUAAGACAUGGGUGAGAUUGGCCUUGCCUGGGGGUACCGGGUGCCCUUGGACAAAUGAGUGGAUAGGACAGGUGCGCAGUAAUGGACGAUGUAGCCCCUGCACAGUGCUGAGAGGGAGUCGUUCACUCAGAAUGUGGAAAGCCAGGAAGGCUUCUCAGAGGAAGUGGCUCUAGCAUUGGAGCCUCAGGAAAGAGUUGGGCAGGAGGAUGGCCUGGGGAGGGUACGCAAGGUUUAGGGGCUGCUGGGGCCAGGACGCCUACCCCAGGCCCGCUCUCCCCCUUGCACUGAAGCGGAGCUGGCUCUCCUGCCUUUCUGGCUCCCAUCUUCCCCACCUCCUUCUCCCCUCUGCAUCACUCAUCACUUGGGCAGGCCAAAUUUCACCAAGUACGAACAGGCUCUGGCAACUGGGUCUGGCAACACAGUGCUGGAAAAACCCGGGCAGAGCCCGGAGCAGUGAGUGCCCCACGCGUGGAAGCAAAGGAGUGGACCUUUGCCCUGACCCUGAGGGCUGAGCCUGAGAGUGUGUGGGUUGUGAAAUCUGUUGUGACCACCAGGCUUGUGGUGGGUGGACCCUCAGCUCUUCCUGUGAGCAACUUUGUGCUAAAGAAAGAGCACUGGAGCUGGGCGCAGUGGCUCACGCCUGUAAUCCCAGCACUUUGGGAGGCCAAGGUGGAGGGAUCAGGAGUUCGAGACCAGCCUGGCCAACGUGGUGAAACCCUAUCUCUACUAAAAAUACAAAAAUUAGCUGGGCAUGGUGGCGUGCGCCUAUAAUCCCAGUUACUCGGGAGGUUAUGGCAAGAGAAUCGCUUGAACCCAGGAGGCAAAGGUUGCAGUGAAAAAAAAAAAAAAACCAGAAAGAGCACUGGACUUGGAGUCUAAACACCAGGUUCUACUCCUGACUCACCUGUGACUCAGGGCACCAGGUUCUACUCCCCGACUCACCUGUGACUGAGGAUGCCAUGGAGCUGGAUCUGUCUCCACCUCAUCUUGGCAGCUCUCCGGAAGACCUUUGCCCAGCCCCCGGGACCCCUCCUGGGACUCCCCGGCCCCCUGAUACCCCUCUGCCUGAGGAGGUAAAGAGGUCCCAGCCUCUCCUCAUCCCAACCACUGGCAGGAAACUUCGAGAGGAGGAGCGGCGUGCCACCUCCCUCCCCUCCAUCCCCAACCCCUUCCCUGAGCUCUGCAGUCCUCCCUCACAGAGCCCCAUUCUUGGGGGCCCCUCCAGUGCAAGGGGGCUGCUUCCCCGCGAUGCCAGCCGCCCCCAUGUAGUAAAGGUGUACAGUGAGGACGGGGCCUGCAGGUCUGUGGAGGUGGCGGCAGGUGCCACAGCUCGCCAUGUGUGUGAAAUGCUGGUGCAGCGAGCUCACGCUUUGAGUGACGAGACCUGGGGGCUGGUGGAGUGCCACCCCCACCUAGCACUGGAGCGGGGUUUGGAGGACCACGAGUCCGUGGUGGAAGUGCAGGCUGCCUGGCCCGUGGGCGGAGAUAGCCGCUUCGUCUUCCGGAAAAACUUCGCCAAGUACGAACUGUUCAAGAGCUCCCCACACUCCCUCUUCCCAGAAAAAAUGGUCUCCAGCUGUCUCGAUGCACACACUGGUAUAUCCCAUGAAGACCUCAUCCAGAACUUCCUGAAUGCUGGCAGCUUCCCUGAGAUCCAGGGCUUUCUGCAGCUGCGGGGUUCAGGACGGAAGCUUUGGAAACGCUUUUUCUGCUUCUUGCGCCGAUCUGGCCUCUAUUACUCCACCAAGGGCACCUCUAAGGAUCCGAGGCACCUGCAGUACGUGGCAGAUGUGAACGAGUCCAACGUGUACGUGGUGACGCAAGGCCGCAAGCUCUACGGGAUGCCCACUGACUUCGGCUUCUGUGUCAAGCCCAACAAGCUUCGAAAUGGCCACAAGGGGCUUCGGAUCUUCUGCAGUGAAGAUGAGCAGAGCCGCACCUGCUGGCUGGCUGCCUUCCGCCUCUUUAAGUAUGGGGUGCAGCUGUACAGGAAUUACCAGCAGGCACAGUCUCGCCAUCUGCGUCCGCCUUGUUUGGGUUCCCCACCCUUGAGAAGUGUCUCAGAUAAUACUCUGGUGGCCAUGGACUUCUCUGGCCAUGCUGGGCGCGUCAUCGAGAACCCCCGGGAGGCUCUGAGUGUGGCCCUGGAGGAGGCCCACGCCUGGAGGAAGAAGACAAACCACCGCCUCAGCCUGCCUACGCCGGCCUCCGGCACGAGCCUCAGUGCAGCCAUCCACCGCACCCAACUCUGGUUCCACGGGCGCAUUUCCCGUGAGGAGAGCCAGCGGCUUAUUGGACAGCAGGGCUUGGUAGACGGCCUGUUCCUGGUCCGGGAGAGUCAGCGGAACCCCCAGGGCUUUGUCCUCUCUUUGUGCCACCUGCAGAAAGUGAAGCAUUAUCUCAUCCUGCCGAGCGAGGAGGAGGGCCGCCUGUACUUCAGCAUGGAUGAUGGCCAGACCCGCUUCACUGACCUGCUGCAGCUCGUGGAAUUCCACCAGCUGAACCGCGGCAUCCUGCCAUGCUUGCUGCGCCACUGCUGCACGCGGGUGGCCCUCUGACCAGGCCAUGGACUGGCUCAUGCCUCAGCCCGCCUUCAGGCUGCCCGCCGCCUCUCCACCCAUCCAGUGGACUCUGGGACGUGGCAGCGGGGAAUGGGAUGAGGAGCGGAAGGGUUCCCCCACUCCAGUUUUCUCCUCUGCUUCUUUGCCUCCCUCAGGUAGAAACCAGCCCCUGCUCCAGUUCACUCCUGACCCCGCUCCUCAAGGGAAGGCCUGGGGUGGCCCCUCCCCUUCUCCUAGCUCCGGAGUUGCUGCUCUAGGGCAGGGCAUUAUGGGAGAAUUGGGGGCAGCCCAGGCAGUCUCAUGCCCCACACUCUGUACAGACUGAGAGGCCAGUUGAUCUGCUCUGUUUUAUACUAGUGACAAUAAAGAUUAUUUUUUGAUAUA